AGGGCAUGUGGGAGGUAUUUACCUGCAAUAAGUAGGACCUAGGGGGAACUUCAAGUUCAUUUCCUUGGAUGGACAUUAAGCUAAGGCCUGUACUAUUUCCCAAGAAGCCCCACUCUCUCUUCCUGCCUCAGCUUCAGAUGACGAGUCUGUGGGUUGGAUUUACUGGGGGAGUGAUUUCGGCAGGGUUCCAGCCCUGGUCUGGUCGGCCCACCGGUUGACUGGAGCGUGCCGCGCUGGAGGCCCUGGGCUGCGUGGGGCGGGAGCCAUCUCAGCUCGGUCCCGGGUCCGCCCGUACGGCAGGGGGCGCGCGGCGCCCGGGCCGCUCGCUCCUGCCCUUCUGCCCUAUCCCUGCCGGGCUCCGGAGUCGCGGGGGCGGGUGGGAGCGAGAUGGCGGCCGCCAGGAGACUCAUGGCGCUGGCCGCCGGCGUCUCUCCGCGCCUGCGGCCGCUGGCUCCCUACACUCCCGGGCGACAGGGACGCCCGCGCGGCCUCUCGACAGGCUGCAUCCGCCCCCAGGGGACGAAGGCGGCCGCUGAGGCGGGGGCGGCCCCCGACGGGCCUGGGGAAGGCGACGGAAGCAUGGUGAACGCUUCUAGGGACCUAUUAAAAGAGUUUCCACAGCCCAAAAAUCUUCUCAACAGUGUGAUUGGAAGAGCCCUUGGCAUCUCGCAUGCAAAAGACAAAUUGGUCUACGUGCACACAAAUGGACCAAAGAAAAAGAAAGUCACCCUCCACAUAAAGUGGCCCAAGAGCGUGGAGGUAGAAGGCUAUGGCAGCAAGAAGAUCGACGCCGAGAGGCAGGCUGCGGCUGCUGCCUGCCAGCUGUUCAAGGGCUGGGGUCUGCUGGGUCCCCGGAAUGAGCUGUUUGAUGCAGCCAAAUACCGCGUGCUAGCCGAUCGCUUUGGCUCUCCGGCUGACAGCUGGUGGCGCCCAGAACCCACCAUGCCACCUACUUCCUGGCGGCAGCUGAAUCCUGAGAGCAUCCGGCCAGGGGGACCUGGGGGCCUAUCCCGCUCCUUGGGCCGGGAGGAAGAGGAGGAUGAGGAGGAAGAGCUAGAAGAGGGGACCAUUGAUGUCACUGAAUUUCUGUCUAUGACCCAGCAGGACUCCCACACCCCACUCAGGGAUUCGAGGGGGGGUUCCUUUGAAAUGACGGAUGACGACAGUGCUAUUAGGGCUCUGACCCAGUUUCCGCUUCCCAAGAACCUUCUGGCCAAGGUGAUUCAGAUAGCGACAUCGUCCUCCACAGCCAAGAACCUCAUGCAGUUCCAUACUGUGGGCACCAAGACCAAGCUGUCCACCCUCACCCUACUCUGGCCCUGUCCCAUGACCUUUGUCGCCAAAGGGCGUCGCAAAGCAGAGGCAGAGAAUAAGGCGGCAGCCCUGGCUUGUAAGAAACUGAAGAGCCUGGGCCUGGUGGACCGGAACAACGAGCCGCUCACCCACGCCAUGUAUAACCUGGCCUCCUUGCGUGAGCUGGGUGAGACGCAGCGCCGGCCGUGUACCAUCCAGGUGCCUGAACCCAUCCUCCGCAAGAUAGAGACCUUCCUGAACCACUACCCCAUGGACAGUUCAUGGAUCUCCCCAGAGCUCCGGCUGCAGAGUGAUGACAUCUUGCCCUUGGGCAAGGACUCGGGGCCGCUGGGUGACCCUAUCACAGGCAAGCCCUACAUGCCCCUGUCAGAAACAGAGGAGCUGCGUCUGAGCCAGAGCCUGCUGGAGCUGUGGCGGCGGCGAGGGCCAGUCUGGCAGGAGGCCCCCCAGCUCCCUGUGGACCCUCAUCGGGACACCAUCCUCAGUGCCAUCGAGCAGCACCCGGUGGUGGUCAUCGCUGGGGACACGGGCUGUGGGAAGACCACGCGCAUCCCGCAGCUGCUGCUGGAGCGCUAUGUGACAGAGGGCCGAGGUGCUCGCUGCAACGUGAUCAUCACUCAGCCGCGCCGCAUCUCGGCUGUAUCCGUGGCACAGCGGGUUAGCCACGAACUGGGCCCCUCCCUGCGCCGGAACGUGGGCUUCCAGGUGCGGUUGGAAAGCAAGCCUCCAGCCCGAGGUGGGGCUCUGCUCUUCUGUACAGUGGGCAUCCUGCUACGGAAGCUGCAGAGCAACCCCAGCCUGGAGGGCGUGAGCCAUGUCAUCGUGGACGAGGUGCAUGAGCGGGACGUGAACACGGACUUCCUGCUGAUUCUGCUCAAGGGCCUGCAGCGGCUCAACCCAGCCCUGCGGCUGGUGCUCAUGAGUGCCACAGGCGAUAACGAGCGCUUCUCUCGCUACUUUGGUGGCUGCCCUGUCAUCAAGGUGCCUGGCUUCAUGUACCCUGUCAAGGAGCACUACCUGGAGGAUAUCCUGGCCAAGCUGGGCAAACACCAGUACCCACACCGGCAUCGGCACCACGAGUCUGAGGAUGAAUGCGCUCUCGAUUUGGACCUCGUGACUGAUCUGGUUCUGCACAUUGAUGCCCGCGGGGAACCAGGUGGGAUCCUCUGCUUCCUGCCUGGGUGGCAGGAGAUCAAAGGAGUGCAGCAACGCCUCCAGGAGGCCCUGGGCAUGCAUGAGAGCAAGUACCUCAUCCUGCCAGUGCACUCCAACAUCCCCAUGAUGGACCAGAAGGCCAUAUUCCAGCAGCCUCCUGUUGGGGUGCGCAAGAUUGUCUUGGCCACCAACAUUGCUGAGACCUCCAUCACAAUCAAUGACAUUGUGCACGUGGUGGACAGCGGUCUGCACAAGGAGGAACGCUACGACCUGAAGACCAAGGUGUCCUGCCUGGAGACCGUGUGGGUGUCACGAGCCAACGUGAUCCAGCGCCGGGGCCGGGCGGGCCGCUGCCAGUCAGGCUUUGCCUACCACCUCUUCCCGCGGAGCCGGCUGGAGAAGAUGGCCCCUUUCCAGGUGCCGGAGAUCCUGCGCACGCCCCUCGAGAACCUGGUGCUGCAAGCCAAGAUCCACAUGCCAGAGAAGACGGCAGUGGAGUUCCUCUCCAAGGCCGUGGACAGUCCAAACAUCAAGGCGGUGGACGAGGCUGUGAUCUUGCUCCAGGAGAUCGGUGAGUGGUGCAGGGCUGGGCGCCGGGCUGCGGAAUGGCUGUCAGGGGCGGGACUGACCUCUGAGCUUGCAGGGGUGCUGGACCAGCGGGAGUACCUGACCACUCUGGGGCAGCGCCUGGCCCACAUCUCCACUGACCCACGGCUGGCCAAGGCCAUAGUGUUGGCUGCCAUCUUCCGUUGCCUGCACCCGCUGCUAGUGGUUGUUUCCUGCCUCACCCGGGACCCCUUCAGCAGCAGCCUGCAGAACCGGGCGGAGGUGGACAAGGUGAAGGCACUGUUGAGCCACGACAGUGGCAGUGACCACCUGGCGUUCGUGCGGGCUGUGUCCGGCUGGGAGGAGGUGCUGCGCUGGCAGGACCGCAGCUCUCGUGAGAACUACCUGGAGGAAAACCUGCUCUAUGCGCCCAGCCUGCGCUUCAUCCACGGACUCAUCAAGCAGUUCUCAGAGAACAUUUAUGAGGCUUUCCUGGUGGGGAAGCCCUCGGACUGCACCCUGGCCUCUGCCCAGUGCAACGAGUACAGUGAGGAGGAGGAGCUGGUGAAGGGUGUGCUGAUGGCGGGUCUCUACCCCAACCUCAUCCAGGUGAGGCAGGGCAAGGUGACCCGGCAGGGCAAGUUCAAGCCCAACAGUGUCACGUAUAGGACCAAAUCUGGCAACAUCUUGCUGCACAAGUCAACCAUUAACAGGGAGGCCACAAGGCUGCGGAGCCGAUGGCUGACGUAUUUCAUGGCUGUCAAGUCCAACGGCAGCGUCUUUGUCCGGGACUCCUCCCAGGUGCACCCACUAGCUGUGCUGCUACUGACCGACGGGGACGUCCACAUCCGUGAUGAUGGGCGCCGGGCCACCAUCUCCCUUAGUGACAGCGACCUGCUGCGGCUGGAGGGCGACUCACGCACUGUGCGGCUGCUGCGGGAGCUGCGCCGGGCCCUGGGCCGCAUGGUGGAGCGGAGCCUGCGCAGCGAGCUGGCUGCACUGCCGCCCUGCGUGCAGGAGGAGCACGGGCAGCUGCUUGCGCUGCUGGCAGAGCUGCUGCGCGGGCCCUGUGGCAGCUUUGACGUGCGCAAGACAGCCGACGAUUAAGCCCCGUCUCUGCUGGGGCCAUGUACAGAGUGCAAAUGUUUAUUUAAAAUAAAGUUCUAUUUAUCCCUUGUGAGCAUCGCUAUCCGCUGGGGCUCCCCAAACCAAGAGGGAAAGUGAAGGCUCAGAAGGGAGGUCCCCAAAGUCUUAGAGCAAAACGGCUUCGAACCCAGCCCUCAGGAGCUUGAACCACUCAUGCGGGUUCUUGGCUUGUGCUGCUUGGCCCAGUCUAGUCGUCGUCGUCACAGCCGCGGUGGGAGGCAGUGUCCUUGCGUGUGCGGCAGGGCCGGCAGCGUGGAUCCUCUCUGGCUGGCUGCCACCUCCUAACCCAGGCAAACGGGGGAGGGAGAAGUUCCACAAGCAGCCUUAACCUUUAGUCACAGCCACAGAUUCACAGACGAGGGGCUGAGGUCGAGACUGCACGCUGCACCCCAGUCCCUCGAUGCAAGGGGACAAGCUGGGGGCUGUGGGGGCCUGGGAUGCUGAAGAUGCAGACAACCAGGACGUAUACAGAAGACAGGGCCUGUGUGGUGGGACAUACGAGCUUUAUUUGUUCUGGAAGUCGUAACAACAAUCACAGAUCAACAUGGUUAACGGCUGAGCCAUAAGCAAAUGGGGAAGUACAGAAACGUUCCAGCCCCAACGGCUGCAGAAUAGAACACAGCACACAGGGCCUCUGGUCCCACCUGUCAGGGCAGCUUUCUCAGCUUCUCUGGCUUGUGGGACCCUUCAAGGGAGCUGUGACCAAACCACCUUUCAGAACACUGACCACUCCAGCGCCCCCUAGAGUGCUCUCCGCCGGGGUCACCUCUCCCACCCCUACCUUUGGCCAACGGAGCAAAAGGACCCAGAGCUGCUUGUCCACCCCAGCAUCAACACAGGUGCAGGUACCUUUAGGCCCAGCACUGUCACCCCACUGCAUCUGGCACCCCACCUCCCACUGCGUCCUCCCAGUUUCAUCUCACCCUUUCUUGCAGACAAAACACGGAUGCCCUGAUGUCCCUGGCGCCGUUGAAGCACUGUGUGGACAGUCUCUGGCCCUGGGAGUGCUUUUUCCACAAGACCCCUGCAAUUUCUUGGUAUGUGCUUGGGGAGCUGGGGAGAUGGCGUCGAACCUCCCUGGAGAAAAUGCUACCUCAGAAAGGGAGAGCACCUGCCCAGCCCAGACAUCCUCCCUCUACAUGGACUUCGAAUCUGAUCCUAGGUCAACAGCUCCCACCUUCUCAGUGCCAACGGAAGCCAGAGGAGGAGGUGGAGAGUGUGAGGGGCCAAGUCUGCGCUGCAGAAAAUGCUCUUCCAGAGGAGAAGCCUUGGAGACUCCCAGGCCAUUUCACUACAAACUGUUACGUUUUAAUCCUUUAUUAGAAACCAUGCAAACUUUAAUACAAAAAAUACAAGUGCAAUAAGAAUCUUCGUGUCAAUACAAUUCCCGGGACUUAUCAUUGCAGCCAUCCCAAGACCAGGCCUAACCAGGACACACCCCUUAGGUUGGCCUCGCCUCUCCUCUCUUCCCCUCUCCAGUCAGGCCGUAAGGGAGUCUGGAUGGCCCAUCUCAUGUACUUAUUUUUAAAUUUCCAGACUUGAUUCCCCACUAUCCACAUGAGUUCUGAACACAUCGGGCUCCCUGGCAACUGAGGGCUCGAGUGUCCUAGGUUGUAGGCUUGGAGGAAUUUGACCUCCAUGUCCCUUUCCAGCCCAACCUUGUCUCCCACCGGAUCCCAGGGAAUGAAACAGACAUAGAUGCCAAAACCAGCCUCUUGGUUAGAAAAGAAAAGCAGCAUACACACAAAAUGCCAGAACCACCAGUCCACACUCUGACCAGCCCCUAGCUGUCCCUGCCUGCCCUCUAGCCCACAGUCCCCCACUGCACCUGCCCUGUCCACACCACCUCCGGGGCUGCCCAAGCCAGGGCAGCCUCCAAUGCCUCACCUCCCGGCUGGAGGCUUCAAGAUCUCCCCUCCCUGUUUCCUUUAACACCUACCAACGACUUUCAUUCAGACAUGGCUUCAACCUGCAAAACUACUCCACCGGUUUUCAGGUUAUUUAAAAAAAAAAAGAUAAA